CACCUUGCGCGCAAAAGAAAAAAACAACCAAAAAAGCACGAACGUCAACCAGUGAAAAUAAGAAUGUUGGCUCUAGUUCUUCCAAAAAAUCGCCUGAAACCGAUAUCUUCAAAAUCAUAAGAGAAGAAGAGAAGAUCACCAGCGAGGGCAGUUCGAAAACCGUCAAGACAACAUCAUCGUUUACCAGCCGCGUAUCGACAGGUUCUAGUCGACGCACUACGAUAACAGACGGUUUUCAAAAAAUGGCAGACAGCGAAGACAUCCCAAUUCCAUUUUCGCAAUAUGCACAAGAGUUUGAGCUACCACAAGAAUUUGACGAUAGCGACUUAUAUAAAAAAAUUAAAAAGAACAUCGAAAACCCUAAAGCCAAGAAACGUAAUAAAGUUAACAUUCAUAAUAAAGUAGUGAAAAGGACUCAAGGACACCCACCAUCUUUUGUGAUAAAUAAUCAUGAGAUCAAAGGCAAUAAACUGAUCAAAAUUCAAAUAAUCAACAUAACAGAGGAUGUAAGGGAUCAAAACGAUGAACAGAACGAAAAUGUAUUACUGAGCGCGCAGUAUGUUGCAGGCGAUAAUUUUGAUGAAAUUAUUGACAGCACAGAGGCUUUAAUAAAUAAAAUUUCAAAAAAAAUUUGUGGAUACAGUACUAGUUAUUAAAGUUGUAUUUUAAAUAUUAUAUAAGUAAUAAAUAUUAUAU